GGACGACAAAGAAUCACAAAACGCUCCGUUAAUUCGACUUUCAGUAUCCAGCGGUUAACAGGAGCAGAAUAUCCGAACUUUCAGUGAGGCUUACACUGACCACCACAACUCUAAUGUAUUGCUCAUUUUCAGAUGCAAUAUUGGGGUUAAUUCUGGUCAUCUAAGUGCAAUGUAACUUGGCUUCGAUCGCUCGAUACUGGCUGGUGAUUCGGGACCUGACGCGACAGCAGCUACUCUGGGGUCAACAGUGGACCUGAUGUCGGUGCACGGUGGCCAAUUCAAACCCAUCUGGAAUCAAUGACGGGACACCACUCUGUUAUUCAGUGUGGUAACUUGACAAACAUGGGAAUUCACUUCUGACAGCAAGCUAAUGCUGCAUCAACAACCUACAGUCCAAGUUGCGACCACUUGUCAUCUGCUCUAAGGAAAAACCAACGCUUUUGAUAUAUUUUUUUAGGGGAUAAUGCGAGAAGUUAAGCAUUAGCAUUUUCUUUUUUAAACUAAACGCAUCCUCAAACACCUCAAAAUGAGCAAUAAAGGUGCAGGAAUUACCAUAUCGGAGGUGGAGGAACAUAUUUCCCUGAAAUAUGAAAUCAAAAGGAGGCUUGGAAAAGGGGCCUACGGCAUCGUGUGGAAGGCUGUAGACAGACAGACUGGGGAGGUUGUUGCUGUGAAGAAGAUAUUUGACGCCUUCAGAAACAGAACGGACGCCCAGCGUACAUUCAGAGAAAUCAUGUUCCUCCAGGAGUUUGGAGACCACGCAAACAUCAUUAAACUCAUCAAUGUCAUCCGAGCACAGAACGACAAGGACAUCUACCUAAUCUUCGAGCACAUGGACACUGAUCUACAUGCAGUGAUAAAGAAAGGAAGCCUAUUGAAGGAUGUCCAUAAGCGCUACGUCAUGUAUCAGCUCCUCAAAGCCACCAAGUACCUCCACUCAGGAAACGUCAUCCACAGGGACCAGAAGCCCUCCAACAUUUUGCUGGACACCGACUGUUCGGUGAAGCUGUGUGACUUUGGACUGGCCAGGUCGCUAUGCCAGACCCAGGAGGAUGCUGGGAACCCGACCCUGACUGAAUACGUGGCGACACGCUGGUACCGGGCCCCUGAGAUCCUGCUGGGCUCCUCGAGGUACACCAAAGGGAUCGACAUGUGGAGCAUAGGCUGUAUCCUGGGGGAGAUGCUGCUGGGGAAGGCUCUGUUCCCCGGCACGUCUUCCAUCAACCAGAUAGAGAAGAUCCUCAGUGCCAUUGCUCAUCCUAGCCCAGAGGACAUUCAAUCCAUUAAGUCUGAGUAUGGUGCCAGUGUCAUCCAGAGAAUGCUGCUAAAACCCCAGGUGCCUUUGGAAGAGCUCCUCCAGCCCGCCGUGCCCCCCGACGCCCUGGAUCUGGUCCAGCGCCUGCUGGUGUUCAACCCAGACAAGAGGCUCACCGCUGGGCAGGCCCUCCAACACCCCUACGUGGCCAGGUUCCAUAACCCGCUCAAGGAGCCGGCGCUGGGCUACAGUGUGGUGCUGUCGGUGGGGGACGACACGCAACUGUCUGUGGUCCAAUAUCGCAACAAGCUGUACGAGAUGAUUUUGGAGAGAAGGACCACUCGCUGGCUUCCCAAACCGACCCAGCCCAAGCAGAUAGAGACCACCAGCUCGGGCACAGCAGGAGCGGGGGCCGGCUCAGCCCUGGGCGCCACCGUCGGCGCCGGGGUCAAAGCCAACCCCACUGAAACAAACCCAGCGGCCGAGGAGAAGGGAGAAAAGGAGCCGGUCGCCAUCGAUGGGGAGGGACACAGCGACCCGGAGGAGAAAAGUCUGGACGGAAAUGGGGACGGAGCGAGCGAUGUGCCGGCGGGAUCCGAAGUCCCCCAACCCAGAGCGCCACACGUGGCUCUCCAGCAGACGGCCCCGCAGGCGAGUCCAACAUCUGCCCAGGAGACGAGGCAGCUCACAUACAACCCCAUCACGCAUGCGCCUAAUGGUUUUGUAAAGAGUCCAGGAGGCCCUCCCCACUUCUACCGCUCCCCAGGGACCACCAGCAGGACCCCUUCACACCAGCCCGGCACUGACGACGCCGCCUCAUCAGAGAGCCCCAACGCCAUCACAGUGACCGAGCUGAGCCUCCAGCAGGGUGGGCCCGCGGCGGCGGCCCACACCCGCUCCUUCUCCCUGGCCCUGACCCAGGCGCAGAACAACCCUCUGGUCCGCCGGGAGGAGCCCCCCACCGCCCACUCGGGGUUAUGUGUCACCACGGCGCGACUGAACCAGCGUUCCCAGGCGCGGGAGGCCCGGCCAGCCCAUCGGUUCAGCAAGAAGGUCUUCCAGACCACCUCCAACGUGUCGGGCGCCGGAGACCCCCGGGCCAAGCUGGGCAGCUACUCCCAGGCGUACGGCACCAUCAACAAGACCCAGCUGGACAACCUGCUACGGAGCCGUCCUUAAGGAACACGCCCACCACACCCAAAGCACAUUGCUGCCAGAAGUACCCAGAACCCAUUUACCAUGGGGGGGGCGGGCACUUAUGCAACGUUUCAUCAUUCACACAAGUGACCCGAUCUAACUCUGUAAUAAGUAAAUUAAAGAGAGAGAAUGUUAUAUUUUAAUGCUAGAUCCCUGGACAUAUUUCUGUGCAAAAGCCUGGCGAGCUGUAGUUUACGUAGAAUGCAACGCGUUUCCUCGUUUUGUGGCCUUGUACUGGCGUAUUCGUGAAAUCAGUGUCAUUUUGUAAGACUUUGAAAAUAUUUUGUUUAAAAAAAUAUAUCUAAACCCGAGUGUCUAUGUUCUCCAAAAAUAUCAUUAUGCACAUUAUGCACAUACCGUGCACAAUGUAAGGUGCACACGCACACUUUAUUUUAAUAAACCAAUCAAACUUAUUCCAUUUCAACAUUUUAUAAAUGAUUGCAUAUAUAAGAGUAUUGUGCCUUUUUAUUCAUAUUGAUAUUAUAAAUUUGAUUUUCUUUAAAUAAAUGAGCUCUUUAAGAGUUAGUCUGCCGCUCUA